AUGUCGGCCGCCGCUCAACCCGCCGCCGUUCCCAUCACCACCGCACGCAAGCUCGUCCUCCUGGGCGAGAGCGCAGUCGGCAAAUCGAGUAUCGUACUGCAGUUCGUCAAGAAGCAGUUUGACGAGUGGCGAGAGUCGACCAUCGGUGCCGCGUUCCUGACGCAGACCGUCCCGGUCAAGUCCGGCAACUUUGUCAAGUUCGAGAUCUGGGACACGGCUGGCCAGGAGCGGUAUAAGAGUCUCGCGCCCAUGUACUACCGCUCAGCGCACGCCGCCAUCGUCGCCUUUGACAUCACUUCCUCCGCGUCCUUCGAGAAAGCCCGCUCCUGGAUCGCCGAGCUACAUCGCCAAGCCGACCCGGGCAUCGUCAUUGUCCUCGCCGGAAACAAGCUUGACCUCUCAUCUCAGCGACAAGUCUCCACCGCGGACGCCGAGCAGUUUGCGCGCGAGGAAGGGCUCUUGUACUUCGAAGUUUCAGCCAAGACGGCGGAGGGGAUCGAGGAGAUGUUCCAGACUGUGGCGGAGAAGAUGCCGAUCGAGCCGCCUGCCGGAGCGGGAGGCAAGAGGGGCGCAGGACUCGCAGGACGGGGAGGAGUCGAUUUGAAGCAGACGACGGCGCAGUCCCUCGUGGACGGCUGCUCGUGCUAA